AUGGAAUGUGGGGUCAAGGAGCGCGUGGAGAGGUGUGUUGGGGUCGAAAUGCAGCGCUUCCACCCCGAGGUGGUCAUGUCGUCCCCAGUAAAGCACCCCAGGUUUGGCAGCUCCACGGACAAGCCACGCCUCUCUCUCCGACCUACUUCCUCUGCUCCAGCAGCCCUUAAGACUCCAGGGACCAAGAAAGCAACGACAGCGAAGGGGCAUCCGAACGACCACGACUACGUCCCCGCACUACAUCCCAACCACUCGGGCAUCGGUUGUCCAAAGCUUCCUCUCGGACAAGCUCGAACGCACCGGCAACUUCGUCGGGCCGCCCAAGUCAAGCAAUUCCCCAGUCGCGAAGACAAACUUCGGGCGGUGAUGACGCAACUCCAACAAGCCCAAGAGUCCGCGAAGGACGAAAAAGUGGCCGAGCUCGAAUGCGCCAUGGACACGCUCCAAGAAACGGUACAUAUGCUGCAGCAUGAGGCGUCGCUUGACACAAUCUCAGCGCUCGUGGAGCAGUACAAAGCUGUGCAAGCAGCUCUCACUCAGAGCAAAAUGGAAGCCAAGGCGUUGCAGGACGUGGGCAAAGGGUACAAGCGGGCAUCGCGCGAUUAG